GAAGAAGAAUCAUCCAUUCAGAUUGAACAAAUAAAGCUUCACCCAAAAAUGGCAAUCACCAUCUUCACGUUUCUCCAUGGCUUCUCUUUCUUCUUCUUCCUUUUAACCUGAACAUUAUCACUGUCGCCCUUUCAAUCGCCGGCGAAUAAUGGACCCCUGUCCUUUUGUUCGCCUUACAGUCGGCAAUCUAGCCCUCAGGAUACCUGUUGCGUCAAAAGCUGCUCGCUCCGUCAUUCACCCAUCCUCAUCGCCAUGUUUUUGCAAGAUCAAGCUCAAGAACUUUCCGGUUUACACGGCCGUUGUUCCGUUUUUUCCGCCGGAGAGUCACAACCUUGAACUUCAAACCCUAGCUGCGACUUUCCAUUUGAGCAAGUCUCAUCUCGAAAAGCUUGUAGCCAAGUCUCUUUUUGCCGGAAAGCUUUGUUUGAAGAUAUCCAUUUUUACUGGACGGAGAGGAAGUAGCUGCGGUUUGAGCUCCGGCAAGUUGUUGGGGAAAGUGAUUGUGCCGUUGGAUCUCGCCGGAACGGAGAGCAAAGCUUGCGUCUAUCACAAUGGAUGGAUCACUGUCGGCAAAGACGCCGAUAAAAGCUCUUCUAGCGCGCAGUUUCAUUUGAAUGUCAAAGCGGAGCCAGAUCCGAGAUUCGUCUUCCAAUUCGACGGUGAGCCGGUGUGUAGUCCUCAGGUUUUUCAAAUCCAAGGGAACAUCCGGCAACCGGUUUUUACUUGCAAGUUCAGCUUACGCUCCACCACCGCCGGCGACCGUAAUCAUAGAUCUAGAUCGUUACAGUCAGAGCCCAGUGGUUCAAGAGGGUGGUUGAGUUCUUUCGGAAGCGAGAGAGAACGGCCGGGAAAGGAGAGAAAAGGAUGGUCGGUAACCGUCCACGAUCUCUCUGGAUCACCAGUCGCCGCCGCAUCAAUGGUGACUCCGUUCGUCGCAUCUCCCGGUUCCGACCGUGUCAGCCGGUCGAACCCUGGUUGUUGGCUCAUCUUACGUCCCGGCGACGGAACAUGGAAGCCAUGGGGCCGGCUCGAGGCCUGGCGUGAGCGUGGUGCCCAUGACGGCCUUGGUUACCGUUUUGAACUAAUCCCGGACUCCGCCGCUGCCGGCGUUGUACUGGCGGAGUCCACAUUGAGCUCAAGCAAAGGUGGGAAGUUCGUAAUCGACAUAGGGGCCGGGAACGGCGGCGGAAGUGGUCGGAAAUCAAAUGUGACGUCUCCGGUGUGUAGUCCGAGAGGGAGUGGGGAUUUUGGGUAUGGGUUGUGGCCGUAUUGUGCAUACAAAGGUUUUGUGAUGGCGGCGACGGUGGAGGGAGAAGGACGGAGGAAGGCGGCGGCGAUGAUGGUGGAGGUGAGCGUGCAGCAUGUGAACUGCACGGAGGAUGCUGCGGCGUUUGUGGCAUUGUCGGCGGCGAUUGAUCUGAGCAUAGAUGCGUGCAGGCUUUUUUCCCAAAGGCUGAGAAAGGAACUCUGCCAGCCAGAAGAUUUAGUGUGAAGGCUGAGUGAGGGUUGUACAUCAUGCUUCAAGAGUUGUACAUAAGGAGAGUGUGCACCAGUUGUGGUUUUUUGUAACUAGGUGUGUGGUUUUUGUCUUCUUUUUCUGGUUUUUUCAAGGAGAAGUAAUGUUUUUGUGUUCAAUCUUUUUGGUGGUUGGUUAUUCAAAGGGAUUGUUUGUUUUAUCAUAUUUCCUUUUUUAGAAAGUCAGAUAAAAAAAAAUGGUUGUUGCUAAAAGUGUAUUUUGUCUGAGAAAAUGUAAAAAGUAGGUUUUGAUGUUGAUGUU